CAUGGCGUCCAAUGACAGCGUCCUCAAUUCCGCCUACCUGGCCGUUGAAUACAUAGACUCUUUCUUACCCGAGAACCCUCUGCAAGGGCCUUUUAAAUAUGCCUGGACUUACAUGCUGGACAACUAUACCAAGUUUCAGAUUGCGACCUGGGGAUCGCUCAUCGUCCACGAACUCAUCUAUUUCCUGUUUUGUCUUCCGGGCUUUCUUUUCCAGUUCCUACCUUUCAUGCAAAGGUUUAAAAUUCAGCAGGACAAACCAGAGACGUGGGAAGGGCAAUGGAGAUGCUUCAAGAUGCUUCUUUUCAACCAUUUUUGCAUCCAGCUCCCUCUAAUUUGCGGCACAUAUUAUUUUACUGAAAUGUUCGGCAUUCCAUAUGACUGGGAAAGCAUGCCACGGUGGUAUGUACUAUGUGGACAGUGUUUUGGUUGUGCCGUUAUUGAAGAUGCCUGGCAUUAUUUCCUCCAUCGACUCCUGCACCACAAGCGGAUAUACAAAUACAUCCACAAAGUACACCAUGAGUUCUCGUCUCCAUUUGGGAUGCAGGCUGAGUAUGCCCAUCCUCUGGAAACUCUGAUUUUGGGCACUGGUUUUUUUAUUGGGAUCCUUGUGUUCUGCAAUCACGUCAUUCUCCUGUGGGCGUGGGUGAUGGUCAGACUUAUGGAAACAAUAGAUGUUCACAGUGGGUACGACAUUCCUCUGAAUCCCUUGCACCUAAUCCCCUUCUACGCGGGGGCACGCUUCCACGAUUUCCACCACAUGAACUUUGUCGGUAACUACGCCUCAACCUUUACGUGGUGGGACAAAAUCUUCAACACUGAUUCUCAGUUUAUUUCCUUCCAUAACAAAGGCAAGACAUCAGAGAUGAAGAAGACAAAAUAGAUGUCACAAACGUACACUUAACCAUGAAAUAUUCUUACCAAAUCCUGAAUUCUGCCACAGAUGGAUGCAAAGUUGUUUUUAUGUAAAAAAACAAAAGACAUUACUUGUUUGUAGAUCUUCUGUGGAGAAAAAACAAAGUUUUUAUAUACGUGGAAACUAACCCACAAAUGCUAUUGGCUACCAUAUUACAAAAGCUACACUCUCAUGACUGUAGGAACCCUGAAUAUUUUGGGGUAGAAUCCUGUCCUGCUGCUAGGAUUACAGACUUUCCCAUUAUCUCUUAAUACAAUACACGCUUGGUAGUGUUGCUGCUGGGUCUCUCAAGAGUAAUCUGGGAUGUCCUCCAUAUCCCAAACGGACAUUCGUGUAGCUAUUCCGCUGAUUUCCGGUGGUGGUACAGAUUUCAGGUGGUAUGAAGAUGGAAUAAAUUUUAUUUGAGAAGAGGCUGCUCAAAAAAAAAAAGCAACCAAUUUGCGAGGGUUCAUUUUACUUUAUUUAAAAAAAAAAAUUACAUUCAUAUUUGCCGUAUCGUGCCUCAGGAUUUAAUAACAACAAAAGUGUGGUAAUAAAAAAUGGCAUUUAGCAAACUUUUAAGUGCAGUACAUUAUAUAUAUUUUUUUUAGUUUUCCCCUAGUGCUUAAUGUACAAAACAUAGAUGGACCAUCAUAAAGAAAAAAAUCUGUAUUCUGUCACAUUUCACAGAUGUUGAUUCACUAAGCAUUGUGUAUAGCGUGAUGAGGAGUUGUAUCUCAAAAAAAUAUAUAUAUAUUAUGAAAUGCUAACAUACCUUUUCAGGAAGAACUUGCUGUGUGUUGGCCCUUUCAAAAUACAUAGUUAAGACUUUUCAUCUGUAUUGACUGUAAACAUUGAUCUUUGAAUUUUCAACUGUAUGAACUAAGGUUCCUACACGUUUUCACAGCCUAAAAGUGAAAAUACGUACUGAAUAGUUAUGUAGGUAUUUAUGUGUUGAGUAAAAAAGUAGUUCUUGUGCAAAUUUGAAGAGUGGCCUUAUCACAGUAACAUUUCAAACCUUGCACCAGAAUCACUUUUUAUACAUAAACCCCAAUUUGUUGUUUGUUUGCUGUCAAGCACUUACAUUAAAAUGUAAUUCCUAAA